CAUCGUUCUCUUUAGUGUAGAUCGCAGACUACACGCUACGCAGCAUGGCACACUAUUUGAUACAGUAGUAUAGUAUGGGCUUGCGCCUUACAGGAGACGAGCAGAGAGAAAAGCCACACUAGCCAUCCCCGGCCUCCUCGCACCAGCAGCUAGAAUUCCCGGACUUCUCCUUCGCCGGAAAUUAAGUUCCUAUCUCAGUAUUGCAGUCAUCAGACAGAACCUGUUCGUGGACAUAAAAAAGGAUCACCGAAAAAGAAUGUUUGAGCACGUCACCGCGAAUGAAAUAGCAGGGUAUGGUGUCGGUGCUUUGCUACUUUUUGCCACAAUUUCAGCUCCCAAGAUUGACUCUUUAAUUGCAGCUUCCCAGCGUAGUUCAUUGGGCAUGUGCAAGAGAUGUGGUGAUUUGAGGUUGAUAGCAUGCUCAAGAUGCAAGGGAUCUGGUUCGAUCACUCGAGGAGGUCCGUUCAGUCUCAAUCCAGUAGAUAGUGCUUACCAGUCCUUCAGGGUCAAGUCCAAAGAAUUAUCCAUCUCAUGCACCAAAUGUCAAGCCAAAGGACAUUUUGGCUGCCCAGCUUGUUCUCGAGUACCCCAAGCAUGAUCUUCCACACGACAUGAAAACCAGAGCAUAAGCAGUUGUUAUCAAAAUGAGAUGUUAUGUGGUAACAUACUUGUGCUUCAUACUAGUGCUCGAAAGGGAAAUCAGUAUUCUACUAGAAGUUCAUGGAAAGACGUGACCACGUCUGAUAAUAUCAGAAUUUAUAUUCAUUUACUUGCAUGUGUCAUAAACCUGCAGAAAUUGGCUAUAAUGUCCUCAACCGGAUAAUUCUAGCCAAAUUGAGAUUUGAGAACCGAAUCUCCCUCAGAGCUAGGACAAACUAUUGAAUCGGCCAGACCAUACAGGUUGCUUACAGAGAAGUAUUUCGUCUCUAAACAGGAGUUAUUUCUGGAUU